UGACGUCACCCAGGAAAGUACACAUUCUCACCGUGCUGCUGCAUUGAACCGAAAACAACCGGACAGUACGCAGUUUUACCGACACACAGCUCAUGACACUUUCAUAGAAAGACGACCCUGGGUGACAAAAAUGGAGAAACCUCCCUUCAGGCAGAACCAGAACUGCGGAGACUGGGAGCUGAAAGAGAGGCUGGGAAUGGGCGGUUUUGCCCAUGUUUACCUGUACCAACAUCAUGAAACAAAUGAAAAACUAGCUGUGAAAAUGUGCCGUCUGGAGCUCACACCAAGGAACAAGGACAGAUGGAGCAGAGAAAUCCAGAUCAUGAAAAAGCUGAAUAACAUCAAUGUCGUGACGGCCCGAGAUGUCCCAGAGGAAAUGAGGCACAUAGCCUUAAAUGACCUUCCACUGUUGGCCAUGGAGUACUGCUCCAGGGGAGACCUGAGGAAGUUGCUGAGCAAACCUGAAAACUGCUGCGGGUUGAAAGAGAGUGAAGUGCUUUCAUUACUCAAUGAUGUUGGAUCUGGUAUCCAGUAUCUGCACGAGAACAAGAUCAUACACAGAGACCUUAAACCUGAAAACAUAGUGCUGCAAGAUAUCAACGGAAAGCUGGUUCACAAAAUCAUUGACUUGGGCUACGCUAAAGACCUGGACCAGGGCAGUCUGUGUACCUCCUUCGUUGGCACACUUCAGUACCUGGCACCUGAACUGUUUGAGAAUAAGCCAUACACUGUAACGGUGGACUUCUGGAGCUUUGGCACCAUGGUAUUUGAAUGCAGUUGUGGCUUCCGCCCCUUCCUGCACAACCUGCAGCCUGUGCAGUGGGCCAGCAAAGUGAGGAAUAAAGGUCCAAAAGACAUCAUGGCUGUAGAGGAACCUAACGGGGAAGUCCGCUUCUCCACACACCUCCCCUACCCCAACAAUCUGAGCAGCACACUGCUGGAGCCGUUGGAAUCUCUGCUGCAGCUCAUGUUAAAGUGGGAUCCUGUCCAGCGAGGAGGCAAACUCAACCCUGACACCAGGCAGCCCUCCUGCUUUAAUGUGCUGGAGCAGAUACUGAGUAUGAAGGUUGUCCACAUCCUGAACAUGACCACAGCUCAGGUCCACUCCUUCCAGCUGACUCCAGAGGAAAGUCUCCACAGUCUGCAGAUGCGCAUCGAGGCCGAGACAAAGAUCGAGGUGGUGAACCAGGAGCUGCUGCAGGAGACGGGGGUGUCCCUGGACCCCAGGAAGCCUGCUGCACAGUGUGUCCUGGAUGGAGUGAGAGGCUGGGAUAGCUACAUCGUCUACCUGUUUGACAAGAGCAUCACCAAGUACUCCGGGCCCCUUAGCGCCAGACAACUGCCGGAUAAAGUCAACACUAUAGUGCAAGAGGCAAAGACCCAGCUGCCUCUGGUGGUGUUGAAGAAGGUUUGGGGAGAAGCAGUGAGCUACAUCUGUGGGCUGAAGGAUGACUACAGCAGGCUUUUCCAAGGACAGAGGGCUGCCAUGCUGAGUCUCCUGCGCUACAACACCAACCUGACCCGGUGUAAGAACAGCAUGUUCGGCUUCUCUCAGCAGCUGAAGGCCAAGCUGGACUUCUUCAAGAGCAGCAUCCAGUACGACCUGGAGAAAUACAGCGAUCAGAUGCACUACGGCAUUUCCUCUGAAAAAAUGCUGAAGGCCUGGCAGGAGAACGAGGAACGAGCUGCGGCUUUUGCUCAGGUGGCGGAGGUGAGCCAUCUGGACGAUGAGAUCAUGGCUCUGCACUCGGAGAUAGUGGAGCUUCAGAGGAGUCCGUACGCUCGGCGCCAAGGAGACAAGAUGGAGCAGCUAGAAGAAAAGGCGAUUGAGCUCUACAAGCAAAUGAAGAUGAAAUGCAAAAUACCUGAGACAGAUGUGAGCAGCGACAGCUCUGAGAUGGUGAAGGCCAUCAUUCAGACGGUGCAGAACCAAGACAAGGUCCUCAAAGAUCUGUACACACACCUCAGCAAGAUCCUGAUCAGCAAACAGAAGAUCAUUGACUUGUUUCCACGAAUUGAGAAAACCCUGGAGAGCAUCAAGGACGCCGACAACACAGUGAUGCAGAUGCAGAUCAAGAGACAAAGAGAGUUCUGGCAUUUACUGAAGAUCGCCUGCGCUCAGAACUCGUCUCGGAGCUCGAUAGCAGCCAGUCCCGAGUCCUCUAACCUGCUGCAGGUCUCCCAGUGGUCCCAGUCUGCACAGCCUGUCAGCUCCCCCCACCCCCUCACCUCCUUACCUGGGCCCAAUGACAGCGACGCCGCGCCCCGUCUGCUGCAGGAGAACCAGAAGUACCUCAGUCACCUGACCAGCCUGAUGCAGGAGGCUGCUGACGACCAGACCAAAAGCAUAGUGGACCGAGACUGGAGCUGGACUCAAUACGAAACUUUAACAACAAAAUUGAAAAAGAGAAAUGCGUAAGCGCUUAGUCGCGUCCUCCCACCCCGCCUGUGCUCCGUGUUACACUACAGACUGUAAGCUGCUAACACCGAGCAGACAAGAGAACAAAACAACAUUGUACAGUUGUUCAUGGACUCAGGACUACGGUCUUUAAAAGAAACUCUCCAGACGGAUCCCGCUCAUGCUCGGUCCGUCCACUCCGUCGUCUCUUUGGUGGAUUCAUGUUUUUAUAUGAGAAAAAACAAUGAAGCCGUGUCCUCUACUUUUUUCUUUUGCUGCACAAUACACAUCAUAAUAAAUAAAACAUCUGAAAUACAUUGUUACUGUCGUGCAACAAAAAGAGGAGGAUCUAUUGCAUGAGAGGACUGGACAGAAAAUAUGGGAGCGAGUUCAAUAGUGUGCCGGAAAACACAGGUCGCAGUGGGAGGGGGGGGGGGGGGGGUGCCGAGGAGGAAAUUACAAUCAAGCAAACAGCACUUUGAUACUCCCAUGUAUCCUCUUGGCAAAGUUUCCAGGCUGCCAAGAAAGAUUUACAAACAGUUAAACUGUUAUUAAUGUCGCUCAUAAUCAGUUUGAUAUAUUUGGCUGUACACAGUCUGGGGUUUAGACUCUGUAAAUGUUAUUUUGAGUAUUAUUUUUAAAUGUUCUGUAUCAUAGGCAGAAGUCUUUUGUCAUGAUAUAUGUGACAGACGUGGCUGGCCAUCAUGUAUAUACACUGUCCAUACUGUACAUGUCUUUUGAAUUGUCUGCCAGAUAAGUGUCAUGUCUCAUUUAUGUGCACAUUUUAUUUCACUGGAUGCUGCGUUCAGGGCACAGCUACACAUGUUUCAUGGAAAUGUAGUGCAGAGUUGAAACAAAUCUCAAUCAAAUCUGUAAAAGGCAAAUGCUACUUAAAGCGUUUAGAAAGGGCAAACCACCGCCAAGUUCAUAACACCGCCAAGUUCAUUGUCAUAAAUAAUAUUUGGACGUUUUAUGUUUUUCAAAAUGUUCAGUGUUUCCAAUCAGGUUGGCACAAAUUAAACAAUGGGACAGAAAUAAACUUCAAAGAAGGAUUAAAUCAUAGAUACUAUAUAAAUACAAUCUCCAAUGUGAGGAUUUGUAGCUUCAUGUCUUACAGAAAAAUAAAUAUCUUUAAGUGGCUUCAGUCACUUCAAAAUAAGUAAUUAUUAGAAAAGACUAUAAGGAGCGUAUUUUAAUAUCUUCUGACAUUAGGGUAGGUACAUUAGGCAUUUAUUGCUUGAAAACUCACUGAAUAAACGAAUGCUUUUAACUCUGGGCUGGACUAUUUUAUCUCUGACAUGAACGCGGCAUUGUACAAUAAGGUGUGACACAGUGUGGAUUCCAUAACACAAUGGAGAUAAGUCGACCUUUGACCCACAGUGAGAUCAGGGUGAGUGAUUGGAGCCCGGAUGGUUAAUAGUUGAAUGUACUGCAGUUCCAGUCAGGUGGUAACUUCGGGCUAGAGACAAGUAAACCCUCUGAGUUGUAUUUAUGAUGUGGAUACAUAUAUUUUCUUGGUAUUUAAGUAACUCAAUUCUUCAAUUAUUUUUCCAUUUAAGUAUUUGUUUCCAUCGGUCUUUAAAUGUUUAAUUUUUUGUAAUGUCAUUGUACAAAGAUCAAAUGUUUGCCUGGUAAUACAAUAAAAUGACUUUAACCUG